CAUAUGGAAACGAGGAAAUCAAAUCUAGGCAGAACCAAGUUGAAAAGUAGUUCCAAAAUACUUUUUUGUGAGAUGUAAUUAAAUUUCCUCUAUUAUAGUUAACAAUAUACUUAUGAUAAUAGCCUGUAUGAAAGGAGACUAUGAUAUCUACCCAAAAGUAAUAGUCCAUAAUUUAGUUACAAAUAUCGUAAAAGAGAUCUAAUUCUAUAGAAAAUGUUAUGAUCAAAGGUAUUGUAAUCAUUUACACAAAAAUGAAAAGCAUCCCAACUAAAUCCCAAGACUAUUUAUAUGGGUU